AUGACAACUGGUCUCGAUGAUUUCAGACACUUCGAAGCGAACAUGGCGGACCAUCAGAAAGAGAUAGAGGAGUUUGGCAUCAACGAUGACUUUUGGCUAUUUGGCUAUGGGAGCUUGAUCUGGAAACCACCACCACAUUUUGACCAACGCGUUCCGGGAUAUAUAGAAGGAUAUGUGAGGAGGUUCUGGCAGGCAAGUGAAGACCAUCGCGGCACACCCGAAGCUCCAGGACGCGUCGUAACGCUCAUCGACAAAGCCCAUUGGGACACCUUAACAGAUCACCACGAACCCGCCGAACGCGUCUGGGGCGCCGCAUACCACAUACCCUCGAAACAUGUCGCUGAAGUGCGCGAAUAUCUCGACAUAAGGGAAAUCAACGGCUACAGCAUUCAAUUCACACCAUUCCAUCCCGCACCAUCGACAACAUCCACGGCUACAUCCUUCCCCGCCCGAGAAACCGGCCCUGGUAUCCGCAAAACCAGCACAGCGGAAAUAUCCUACACUCCCACUAGUGCCAUCAAAUGUCUCGUCUACAUCGGCCUGCCAUCCAACCCGCAGUUUCUGGGACCCCAGGAUCCAGACGAGUUGGCGAGAAAGAUUCUGGAGAGCAAUGGGCCGAGCGGGGAGAAUAAAGAGUAUUUGUAUAUGUUGGAGACGGCGUUGAGGGGAUUGGGGCGGGGGAGUGGAGAUAAGCAUGUGCAGGAUUUGGUGCGGAGAUGUAGGGUGCUGGAGGAAGGGGAUGGGGAGGAUGAGGAGGAGGAUUAA